AUGACGUAGCGCUUUAGAACGUACCCAAGGCAAGACAGUUUGUUUAUCAACCCUGAUGCAGUUCAGGCGUGGUAGGCUGCGGGGUCAGUUGCCGUCUCAAAGGCCCUCGCGCUACGCAUAGCGAUACCUCGCCCAACGACUGGACGGCAAUUAACCUCUGAAGAAGGACUCAACAGGUGCAAUAAUGUGGACCGAGAUCGCCUUAUCGUUAGCCGUUCUGGUGCUCUUCGCCCUGAUUGCUUCCAGCAAGAAGCCGUCUGGCAUUCCUCCUGGGUUGUGGGGGAAACCACUGAUCGGCGUGAUGCCCUCACAUGACAUACCGCUGGGAGACCAGGUGAAGGAACUGUGGAAAAAGCACGGAGACAUUAUUUCCUGGCGCAUGGGAAGUCAACUCUUCAUCUUCAUCUGUGAUUACAGGUUAAUCAAAGCAGCCUUCGCAAAACAGGAAACACAAGACAGACCACCUUACUACAGUUUCAAGGCUUUUACCGAAUUUUUUGAAGCAGGUAUAGGUACCACAAACGGCCAAGUCUGGAUGAAUAACCGGAAAUUUGCUCUCCACCACCUGAAGGAGUUGGGGAUGGGGAAAACCUACCUAGGAGAAGCCAUCAAGGAAGAAGCGAGACUCCUGGUCGAGGACUUCAGGAAACAGGUCAACCGUCCCGUAGAUUUACCCUGGUCUAUUAAUGUUGCCGUGCUUAAUGUCAUCUGGCAAAUGAUAGCAGGAACCCGCUACGACAUCAACGAUGCGAAAAUAAUCCGGCUUCACAAACUACUCAACGAGGCACUGGCUUGCUUCGACGGCCCCGUGGUGUAUCUCGAUCUCUUCCCGAGUCUGGUUUACUGGCUUCCGUUUUGGCUCAAGACACGGCUCGGCAUGAAUCAGAUCUACGAAAAUUCUAAGAUUAUCAGGACCUUUAUACAGGAAGAAGUCCUGAAUCAACAUGUGAAAAACAUCGACCGAGAUAAUCCCAAGGACUUCAUCGAUUCGUACUUAGUGGAAAUGGAAAAGAGGAAGAAUGAUCCUGAAUCUACAAUGAGCAUGGACGAUCUUACUUAUGGGCUGAUCGAUUUCUUUGGCGACGGAACAUCGACGACUUCAGCCACCACGAGGUGGGCAGUGUUUUACUUGGCGAAAUAUCCGGAGAUCCAGAAGAAGGUUCACAAUGAAAUUGACAGCAUCGUACCCCGGGAUGAGCUGCCGUCUCUCGAACACAAAGCCAGGUUACAUUACACCGAAGCCUUUAUCCAUGAAGUAAUGAGAGUAGCUUCGGUUGCACCCUUAGGUGGACCUCACAUCACCUCUGAAGAAUUUGAGCUGGGAGGUUACAGGAUGCCCAAGGACUCCAUCAUCUUAGGCCACCUGGAAUUCUGCCACAAGCACCCACGUUACUGGGAGAAGCCCAACGAAUUCUAUCCAGAGCAUUUCCUGGACGAGAACGGGAAGUUCUGUGCGAAGAAAGAGGGCUUCCUUCCCUUCGGCAUAGGCCGCAGGAUAUGCAUCGGAGAGGCUUUGGCACGCAUGGAACUCUUCUACUUUAUCACGGCCCUGAUACAGAAUUUCACCUUCACCGUACCAGACGGCGAGACACUGACCACCGAGAAGAGCACCUCUGAGAGGAUCUUCGCCUUCCCAACUUCUUUCAAGAUCCUGAUUACUGAAAGGACAUAGUUUCGUUUAUGACUGUCCUUUUUGUCUGAAGGGAAACGAAUUCUUUUGUAAUUUUCCAUUUACAAUUUUUUUUCUAAACUGUUUAGUUCAAAUAAUAGGUUGAUAAAGAUAACUGGGUAUAAAAAUAAAUUUUCUUAGAAUUUUCCAAUUUCCAUUUUUUGUGUGUGUGAAAAAUGGCCUAAUUCUAAGUUUGAAAUACGAGACAGGUAAGGGUUUCAUAGACGUAACUGUAUAUGAAAGGAACUUUCAUGUAAUUUUUCAUUUUCAAAAUUUUGUGGAACACUUUCUGACUCGAAGUUUAAAAUCAUUGGUAGGUGAAGGGUUUCAUUACGGUAACUGUUCACGUAAUGAACUUUUUUUGUAAUUUCCCAUUUCCAAAUUUUUUUGAAAAAUUGACCACAAGUUUAAAAUAAGAGGUAGGUGGGAUCUUUCACAAAGAUGAAAGCAUUGUAUGGCAUGAAAAGAGCUGUAGAAAUUUUAUAAAAACCUAAUAUAAUCUUAAAACUUAUCCUAAUGAAUAGUUACUAAUAAAAUGAUCAAGGAUUACUAUAAAUAAAUUACUGAGGAAACAACAA